CACACACACUCUGAUGUUAUCAUUCAACUGUCACUGUGAAGCUGUUGCCGUACACAUGUUUGUGUGUGUUUCAGAGCUCAAAGCGAGUAUUUUAAGCAGACAGAGACAGUAUAAGCUGGCAGCCUUAAAGGCCAAACAGAGUGGAAACACUGAUCAAGCCAAACAACUCUACCAAGUGUCCAAGAGAUUGGACUCAGUGGUGGAGAGUGUUGACAGAGGGGAGUUUGUGGACAUCAGCUCACUGCCGCCCCCUCCUGGAGAGGUUGAAGUGCCACGUUCUAACCCUCCUCAGCUGUCCUCUAAACCAGCCGCCCCUCCUGCUGCACCCACUGCUGCCCCAGACACAGCUCUCUCUGCUCCCCGGAGCGUCGCCGAGGCCUUACAGCAGCGCAUGGACAAAUAUAAAGAAGCCGCAGAGAGCGCCAAGAGCAAAGGAGACGACCGCAAAGCACGCAUGCACCAGCGCAUAAUCAAGCAAUAUCAAGAUGCCAUUAAAGCUCAUAAAGCAGGACGGCCGGUGAAUCUGGCAGAACUUCCUGUUCCACCAGGUUGUCCUCCACUGCAGGGCACUGAAGGCGGCCAGCAGAAUUUUAUGGGCGUCCUGGAGACAGCCAUGAAACUGGCCAAUCAGGACGCAGAUGAAGACGAGAACGCACAGAAGCCAACAGCUCAGCCUGCAGUUCAGAAAUCCAGAGCUCCCGCUCCUCCAAAAGCCUCGUCCGCCGCAGGGACGCCCACCGGCUCCACAAACGCCCCCAAACUAGGAGGGAAAGCCCAGCAGCAGCUGGAUUUCCUGACCAUGCGCAGGCAGCAGUUCGUGAAGGCCGCGCUGCGCUCUAAAGAGAUGAAGGACAUGCAGGGAGCCACUCAGCACCUGAGAAACGCUAAAGGCCUAGAGCCCAUGAUCACUGCCGCCAAGGCUGGACUUCCUGUGGACAUCACCAAGGUGCCGGCCGCUCCGGUCAGUGAGGACGACUACAGACUGUCUCAUUCACGCUCGUCCGCUCUCUCUCCGCGCUCAUCUGAGCAGUACACUCAACUGAUGGCGCAGCUCAAACAGCAGCACGAGAAAUGCCUGGCGUACUCGCAGCAGUUCACUCAUGUGGGGAACCUAGCUGAAACUGCCAGGUUUGAGAAGCUGGCUGAGGAAUGCAUGAGUAAUAUUGAAGUGCUGAAGAAAGCUCACGCUAAAGGAAGAUCAGUUCCCAAAUUCCACACAGAGGAGCGCACCUUCAACUCUGUCAAGAUCUUUCCUACCCUGACGUCCAAUGACAUGGUGCUGACCGUCGUGAAAGGAAUCAACCUGCCUGCUCCUCCAGGAGUCUCAGGCAACGAUCUGGAUGCGAGUGUGCGCUUUGAGUUCCCGUUCCCCAGUGCGGAAGAAGCUCAGAGAGACAAAACCAGCACUGUGAGAAACUCCAACUGUCCAGAGUUUAAGGAGAAGUUCAAGCUGAACAUCAAGCGAGAUCACAGAGGCUUUAAGAGAGUGGUACAGGCCAAAGGCAUCAAGUUUGAGGUCGUACACAAAGGCGGUCUCUUCAAGACAGAUAAAGUGGUGGGAAGUGCUCAGCUGAAGCUGGAAGCUCUGGAGAACCAGUGUGAGAUCAGAGAUAUUAUAGACGUGUUGGACGGACGCAAGGCGACGGGAGGGAAGCUGGAGGUGUGUGUGAAGAUCCGCGAGCCGCUGUCUGGAGUUCAGCUGCAGCCGGUGACGGAGAAAUGGCUCGUCAUCGACCCGCUCACACCUUCACCGGAGAAGGACCGAGAGCGAGAGAAAAGCAGGGAAAAGGAACGGGCUUCUUCUCCAAGAUCUAAACCCAGAAACGAUCACGACAAGAACUCUAAACCAAGCUCGUCUCCUCCGCAGUAUAAGCUGCACAGCUUCAGUCUGCUUCACCACGACAAAGAGAGACUGGAGUGGAAGAUCAACGAUUAUAAGAAGAACAGACGAGACCCGUCAGAGCUGAUCAAGCAGCACAUGGAUGUCUGUCAGCGACUGCAGUGGCAGAAAUCAUACCUGGAGAAACAUCCGGCAGCACUGACAGAAUAUGAAAAUGUGCUGCAGAAGUUCGUUCACGGGCUCUCGGAUUCAGUCAAAAUGUUUUCCAGCCAAGGCAACAGGGAUGCAGCAAAAGACGCACUCGGCCGACUGAAGAAGGUGGAGAACGAGCUGGAGUCAGUCAGGAAAAAGCGGGCCGUCAGACAGUGAAGGGAUACGCUGAGUGACGCGACUGUCUGCUGGAAAACUCUUCUGAAAUCAUGAGAAUAUAAACGAAUCGUGACGGAUAUAACGGAGCUGCAGAGGGAAACACUACAGCUUUUACAAUGCUGUACUUCAUUGCUCUCCAUCAAAACAUUCCUCUUUUUUCUCUUUUGUAAGGACAGACAUCUGAAUGUUUCGAGGGAGAUCAAACUCAUCUCACCUCAUGCUAAAAUAAACAUCAAACAAACACUAAACAAAAAGGGGGAAUCUCACAAAAACCCAUCAACAACAUGACUGGAUCACAUUUUUCUAGCCCCCAAAAAGAAAGAGAUUAGAAAUUAUAUUUAAAUACGUUAUUUUAGGACCAU